AUGCUUACUCAGGUGCAAGAGAAGUUUCAUUGGAGCAAAGCAGUAUGGGGCAGGUUCAACAUACCCAAACACAGCUUUAUACUCUGGCUAGCAGUACAGCAUAGACUUAAAACCAGAGACAGACUUAGCCGAUUCAAUAUAGCAGAGGAUUCAGCUUGCUUACUGUGCGCUGGAGCAGAAGAAUCAGGGACCCAUCUCUUUUUUGAAUGCUCUUUCUCUCAGGAAUGCCUAUAUCAAAUGAAGACUUGGCUGGGAUGGCAAGCUCAUACAGAGGCGUUGCAAGGACUACUUCGAUGGAUAGAUAGGUCAAGGAGAAGCAGAUUUCAGAAGAAAGUGCUGGCUGCCUCAAUUGCCUCGUUAGUUUAUCAUGUAUGGCAGGCUAGAAAUUCUAAACUCUGGCAUUCAAGCAUUAUCUCUCCCACGUUGUUAGUUCAGGAAGCUAGAUGGCAACUUAAAACUAGGAUAACAUGUAUAAUGCCUAAGCAAAUAGAUCAAGUUGAUAAGGAAUGGUUUGAAUCUUUAUAG